AUGGAGAAAAAACAAAAAGUUCUUUAUACACUUUGCCUUAUUUUUGGUAUAUGGCAUUUUGGUACCCAAUGGACAACAACACUUUUAUCAUUUUUACAAUGGGAUACAACAGAAGUUAUGUCAAUUGUUGAUUUAGGAUAUAUACAAUCUUUUGGAUCACUCAUGAAUGUAAUUGGUGCAUUAGCCUUAGGACAAAUGACUGAUACUACCGGUCCAAAAACUAUAUUUAUAUUUGCUGUUAUUUGUACCUCACUUUAUUAUUGUGGUUUAGCUUUAUGUCAUACAUGGGUAGCCUUUUUUAUACUUCAAAUUUUAAGAUUUGGUUAUCAAUUAGAUUCUACAGCUGAAAUGUACCUAGCUACUAUUACUACUGAAAAAGAAAGAACUGGAACAUUAAUGAUAUUAACUAUUCCCCAAGCAAUUGCUAUGUUUAUUGGACCAUAUACAGCUUCAAAGAUAGCUGUAUGGACAGAUCUUAGAACAUCACAAUUUUUAUCUGGUGUAACAAUGUUUGCUGCUAUAAUGCCUGUUAUUGUAUUUGCAUUACCAGCUACUCAUGGAAUACCUAAAAUUGCUGCAGCACGACUUAGACCACAAGAAUAUUGGCCAAUGAUAACUAGAAAUCCAGCAUUACGUGAAAGUUUAAUAUUACGUGGUUUCCUUGUUGGAGCUUAUGUAUGCUAUGAACUUAUCGCUAGAAACUUUCUUUUACGUCAAUAUAUGCAUGGAGCUACCGACAGUGCUUAUGUAUUAUUCGUAAUGGGAAUUGCCCUUUUAACAAUGCAAUUUUUAGUAUUACCAUUCUUGCAGAAAAGAUUUACCCCUAAAGCACUUUUACAAAUGGCACUUGGAACUUUAUUAGUAUGUUAUUUAGGCGUAAAUUUUGUUACUGGACUAGAACAAUUUCUUGUUAUAAAUGCAAUUCAAACAGCAGCAUAUGCUAUUUGUUAUGCUGAAUCAUGUACACAAAUAACAAGUUCCGUUGAAUCAACAGAUCUUGGAAAAGCUACAGGCUUAGCUUCUAUGACACAAUGGUUAACACAUUUAAUUGUACCUAUUUAUACAUCUCAAUUAGUACAAUACUUUCAAUUUCAUUACGCUUUUUAUACAAGUGCCCUUGUUAUUGGAUGCCUUUUAGUUUAUGUAUCUGUUAUUGCUAAACAUUAUAAUGCUCGUGUUAGAUCAUUAUUACCCAGUUUACAAAUUGCUUAA